UAUGUAGAUUGACCAAUAGUAUUGGAUGAUUCAUCCGGAUAUGAUCAUGUGCUCACAGUGCCAAAUCUAUUGUAAACAUGCAUUCUUGGAAAUUUGAAAAAUUAUUAGGAUAUUGAAUACUGAGAUUAUUUCUUGAUUGAGACUCUUUUGUGUGUUUUGGAUUAUUUUUGUGAUUUUGACAAGCAAAAUGAUGGCUAAUCCCAUACAAGUUAACUAUAACACGGGAAUAAAUGGGUCACCCAAGGAGACACAAAGAAAAGGUAAUAAGCAGUUACACCUGUAAGUGUGUGUAUUGCUUGUAACAGUUACAUCUGUAGUUUGUGUAUUGCUUGUAAAAGAAAUGUUUGCUGAAGAAUUUUGUGCAAUGCUCUCUUGUAAAAUCAAAGUUGUCCUAAUUAAUAAUAAAACAGGAUCUAUUUCCAGCUAAUCAGUUCACAAAUUUCAUAAUAAUGUGAAGUUCAUUAAUCAAUCAAUAUAGAAGUCAAAAUGUUAGAAUGAUAAAGUUUCAUAGCAAGGCUGAUGUCGUUUUUGACAACUUGUCAAUUAGCAAUUAAAUCCAUAACCUACUGAAUCAUUGUAGCAUGUAGAUUGAAUUUUAUAAAAAAGAAAAAAAAGAUUUUUGAAAUGCCACACAUAUCGCUCUCAUUAUGUAGUUUUUAUGCUGUGCUGCUUUGAUAAUCUUGGUCAGCUGUGUACUAAGUGGAAGUUGUUUUUGUGAGCUGUUCAGUGUAGCUUUGUCUGAAUUUUGUACUAAAUCACCCCUCCUCUCAGAAGUCGGUCUCCAACUGUAAACACGUCUGGGACAUUGGGAAAUAAAUCUUACAACAGAUUGUAAAUAGGUGAAAUUGGCACACUGUCCUGAUGUUCCUCUCACGAUUCUGGUCUAUUGACAGCUGCUGAGGGCAGACAUAAUAAUCUACUUUAAUUAUAUUUUCCCGAGAGCACUCCCACAAAUACUAAACAAGCUGAAGGUCACUGGAUUUACGUACACAAGAUUUAAGAAAAGGCUGCCUGGGUUUUUCCCCACCUUUGAAAAUCUAGGCUUAUCAGUCAAAGUACACACACUGUGAAAUGAAGCAUUGGAUGUCACAAUGAAGUUCAAAGGUAAAAAACGAGUACCCCCAGGUUUAAAGAAAAUCACUAUACCCCCAGAAGCAGACCAACCCCCUGUUCAGGUACCUGUGGGAAUUCCAGAUUCGAAAGUGAAAAUCCAGAUUGAGGGAAAAGAAUUCGAAAUCGAUGCCAGUGACCUCAUCACCAUCAGAAAUCUGGGACGAGGUGCUUAUGGCAUUGUGGACCUUGUCCGGCACCGGCCAAGUGGUGCCAUUCUCGCUGUCAAGAGAAUUCCCAUGACAGUGAACAGUCAGGAACAGAAAAGACUGCUGAUGGAUCUGGAUGUGAACAUGAGGAGCGGAUCCUGCCCCUACACUGUCACGUUUUACGGGGCCCUAUUCAGAGAGGGGGAUGUGUGGAUCGUUAUGGAGGUUAUGGACGCCCCACUUGACAAAUUCUACAAGAAGAUCUAUGAGAACAAGGACCGCAUUCCAGAAGAUGUGCUUAGCAUUGUGGCUUUCUCUGUAGUCAAUGCCCUGCAUUACCUGCAGUCAGAGCUAAAAGUGAUUCAUAGAGAUGUAAAGCCCUCCAACAUACUGAUUAAUGAGAAGGGCCAAGUGAAGAUCUGUGACUUUGGAAUCAGUGGUUAUUUGGUGGAUUCCGUGGCCAAAACCAUUGAUGCUGGCUGUAAGCCGUACAUGGCACCUGAGAGAAUCAAUCCAGAAUCUGGACAGAAAGGAUACGACAUUCGAUCCGAUGUCUGGAGCUUAGGCAUCACAAUGAUUGAGUUGGCCACCGGUCAGUUUCCUUACCCAACCUGGAAAACCCCGUUUGAGCAGUUAAAGCAGGUAGUUCAAGAUCGUCCUCCUAAGCUCAACCCAGGGGAGUUCUCAGCAGAGUUUGAGGAUUUCAUCACCAAGUGUUUGCAAAAAAGUGUAACCACUCGACCGAAUUACGUGGAACUUCUCCAACAUUCCUUCAUUAAAAGAGGAGAAGAAAAGCAGGGUGAACUGGCAGACUAUGUAAAAUCUGUAUUUCAAAAAUAUGGUAACCCCAAUGCAGAAUCUAUAGAAAGGUCGUAAUUAGGUCCCAAUUAGCGUAGCCAAAUGACUGAACGGCAGUCAUUCUCUCCGAGGGCUCCUGCUCCGCAGUAGACACCAUAUCAUGGCCUGUGUUCUUCUGCACUUAAAAACAUUUCCAUGAGGUGCUGCAUACUAAAGGAAAGGGGGACAACUCUACCCAGUUCUCCACUGUCUUUGUCAUUAAUUUGACGUACAAAGUCUGCUAAAAACAGCCAUUUUAUAGGCGAAACCUUGGAUAUUUUUUGUAAAUGGUUUCUUUGGCUGACUGUACAGUUUGUCCUCAAUAAUUCGGUUUUUGUUAUUCGGACUUGGACUGAUCCAUGUUGUUUUUAUAUCUUUAGCUGUUCUUGUUUUUUAUGUAGUCAACACCCUACACCUACACUGUCAAUUUUGAAUGAAAUGUUUUAAAAUUGAUGAAUUUUGCAUUAUUUAUAUGACAGUGAAAAACAAAUUUUACCAAUUUCAUGUACAAUUGUACUGUAAAAAAAAAAAUCAAGUUAAUUUGUUGAAAUUGUACAAACCUUUUUUUUUUUUAAAGAAAAAAAUUGUUUUGCUGGAUAUUUACAAUCAUGUUUAAUUUAUUCAGUAUAUUGACUGUUUUGAGAUAUAAUGUUGUCAUACUGUGAUUGCUUUUCAAUGAAACUAUAUUCAGAAAUAUUUAUUUAAAUAAAAUAUAUUUAUUCAAUGGCUGUAUUUGGAAGAUUGAAAACCACAAUAUGCUCAAAAAAAGAAGCCUUUUUUGUCAUCCUUGCACACUGUCAGUGUUGGGGGACUUGUGUGUGGGAUGUUAUUUAUUAACUGCUGUAAAGAAAGCUUGCUGGUAGAGUAACAGUCACAGAAUCACAGUCGACCUGUAGAGCACUGUAUGAUAUUGUCAAAUGGAGGACGGGCUCUGAUGUUAACAAUUUUGUAACCAAGCACCGACACACAGUAUACACACACAGUAUACACACGCACUUACACAUCUUUUUUUCUUGCUGUGUAUCUCAUCACAUUUUGUAUCUCCACAUCGUUUUCCCCUUUGAGGAGGGUAAACAAAGGCCAUGAUUUUCCCUCUCGUAACUUGUCUCAUAAGUCAUGGCGAUAUCAUUAAUAAUUAUUCCCCCAGUCUUCGUGAAUUUAGUUAGGUUUUUGUUAAGGAUUUCGUGGCCAGAUUUAGAGGUGAACAAAUGAGCCUACAUAUGACCAAAGUGUGAAAAAUCAAUACCAAAUUAUAUUACAGUCUUGAAAUCAUUGUUUUAAAUCUAUCUAUUGUUAUGUAAAUAUAAUUUACUGGUUGAUACGUGUACAUAAGACUUGUCUAUAGAAUUAUUUGCAUAUGUAUGUAUAUGAGAAAGUUUUAGAUUAAUAAUAUAUAUGCUGUUAGCGAGUGUUGCACGACUCCCAGGGCGUGAGAGGGCAGGAAUGGCACGGGUAUGCAAGAGUAGACCAUUCUUUAGAAUUUUCCCUGAAGCUCAGGUUAACUUAAAGAUGAGCAAAUAAAGUAUGCUAUCAUGUACAUUGUAUAUCAAUGUUUGUUAGGAUCAUCAUGUUGAUCAUAUGUCAUGAUUAUUUACUGUGUUGAAAUGAUAAAAUAAAAAACAUGCAAUGAG